CAGAUAAUACACAGGGUACAGAAAAUAGCCCGUUAGAUCGCAGUAAGGAUCUAAGUGCUAAGCAGAAAACAAAUGAGGCAAAGUAGACAAAAGGGGCUUCCCUGGUGGCGCAGUGGUUGAGAGUCCGCCUGCCGAUGCAGGGGACACGGGUUCGUGCCCCGGUCCAGGAGGAUCCCACAUGCCGCGGAGCGGCUGGGCCCGUGAGCCAUGGCCGCUGAGCCUGCGCGUCCGGAGCCUGUGCUGCGCAACGGGAGAGGUCACAGCAGUGAGAGGCCCAUGUACCGCAAAAAAAAAAAAAAAAGUAGACAAAAGAAGACCUGGCAGGAAUGGAGGGAGCAGUGUGCCAGGCAGAGGGAAGAGUGAGGGUCUCAGAGGGAAGGAUGUCCCUGGGGAACUUCAAGGAGGCCAAUGUGGCUGGAGCAGAGGGGGCGAGAGGAAGAGGGAGGCAGUGUCGGGAGCAGGGCAGGGGGUGGCAGCGGGGAGCAAAGCAGGGCAGAUGGGGCCCAGCAAUCUCUAGAACCGGCUGUGGCUUUGGCUCCAAGUGAAGCUGGGAGCUGUUGGAAGGUUCUGAGAAGGGAAGUGACAUGAUCUAACCUAAGUCUUGGCAAGAUCGCCCUGGUGGGGGUGGGGAGGAACGCAGCGGGGUCAGGCCAGAGGCAGGAGAGGGAUUAGGGGCAGCUCCCCUGAGAUCAUGGUACCAGACUCGCUGGGCGUCCUUCUGAGAGCGUUCCAAAGCUCGGGGCCUGCCCUCAGCUUUGCACUUGGAUUUUUGUUUUUUGGGUUUCUUUUGGCCGUGGCGUGGCAUAUGGGAUCUUUGAUCCCCGACCAGGGAUCGAACCCGUGCCCCCUGCAAUGGAAGCACAAUCCUAACCGCUGGACCGCCAGGGAAUUCCCCUGCACUUGGAUUUUAGAAGACACUGCCCAUCUCCUCUGACAUCUUGAGUCAAAUGGAAGUGUGUGGGCUGAAGGGGGUUCUGGGUAGGCUGGUGUACCCCUAGAGAGGUGGGUGCGAGGCAUCCGGGACCCAGGCCUCGGAGUCUGCUGGGGAGACCCGCGCUCAGCAAGUUGCGAUCUGUUCUUGCUGACAGUUGUGAUGUUGUGAUCUGGUCCCCGGGUGAAAAAUGUCGACCAGCUUGAGGGUGACAUGGCUCUGGGGGAAUUGUGACUAUGUCAGAUUCAUUCAUCGAUUCAGCCAGCUAGGCUUGAAGCUGCCGCAGGGAACCACAUAAACAAGGGUCUCUCUGAUGGCAUUUACAUCCUGGUGGGAUGACUGUCUCCAGAUAAAGCCCCUGACACUUUGGAAAGAGGAGUGAGUUCCAACAAGAUGACUUUAGUGGUAACAGAGAUGAACUUCCUCUAGAAAGCAAGUAAAAGCAACUGUAUCGGUGCCCAGAGCAAGGGAGACACUUUUUGGUUCCACUUUGUCAAAAGAGCUUGAGUGCAUUGUGGUCAGUGUUGGUCAACAUUUUGAGAGGGUCCUUGAGCAACUGGAGGGCGCCCAGGGAGCAGGCUCCGGAUGACAAGGACGAGAAGCCACGACUUAUGUGGGACGGCAAAUCCGUGAGCGUUUGCUUGACCGCUUCAGGUGCUGGAGAUGGUGUUGGCCACCUUCCAGGUGGACGGAGGGCCACGUGAGACUGCGGCCCUGCCCCAGGAGCAGCUUCCCACUCUCCGGAGCUUUUCUGCAGUCAGCAGGCUGCAGUGAGGGGGCUGUGGAUUCUUGCAUCAGAAGAGAUUGGGUUCUGGACGACCACCCGGGUCCCUUCCACCCCUUAGAUUUUGUGAAUCAUCAUUGCCCGCGUAAUAGCAGUGAGGACAGUUACCCGGACAGAAUCAGGGGCCGGGAGGAAGAGAGGCCACCGGCAUCCAUCAACCAAUGCUUAAAAACUAAAAGAAGACAUCUCUGCUCAGCCUGACCUCAGCGGGGUCCUUCAGUGACUGGGUCGUUCCUUUGUCCGGGUUUUUCAGGGUGCUGGAGAGAGGAGAUGAGGAAGAGGAAGAGGGAGGGUGCAGGCCAGGCCCACGUUCACAUCCUUCAUUUUGACCGUCACUCAUGACUUAGACCCGAACUGGAUGCUGACAGCGUCCUUGGGCUCCUCCUACAACAUGUGACAUUGGUCCAUACCCUACAUGACUGUGGUAGCCUACAGGACUGCACAGUACUUUCUCACAUUCAUUGUCUUGCCCAGGCCCAGAGGCAGAUGUGAUCAGCAGCCCCGUUGCUUUUAUUUUUUUUCCAAUUAAAAAAAAGUUUUUUUAAUUUGUGUACAGUUUUUAUAGGUUACUUUCCAUUUACAGUUAUUACAAAAUGUUGGCUACCUUCCCCAUGUUGUACAGUACAUCCUUGAGCCUAUCUUCUGCCCACUGGCUUGUACCUCCCAUAUUCCCUACCCCUAUAUUGCCCCUCCCUCCCCACUGGUAACCACUAGUUUGUUCUCUAUAUCUGUGAAUCUGCUUUUUUGUUAUAUUCACUAGUUUGUUGUAUUUUUUUAGAUUCCACACAGUAUUUGUCUUUCUCUGACUUAUUCCACUUAGCGUAAUGCCCUCCAAGUCCAUCCAUGUUGCUGCAAAUGGCAAAAUUUCAUUCUUUUUUAUGGCUGAGUAGUAUUCCACUGUGUAUACACUACAUCUUCUUUAUCCAUUCAUCUGUUGAUGGACACUUAGGUUGCUUCCAUAUCUUGGCAAUUGUAAAUAAUGCUGCUAUGAUCAUUGGGGUGCACGUACCUUUUCAAAUUAGUGUUUGUGGGUUUUUUCCGACAUAUACCCAGCAGUGGAAUUGCGGAGUGACGCAGUAGUUCUAUUUGUAGUUUUUUGAGAAACCUCCGUCCUGUUUUCCACAAUGGUGAUCAGCAGCCCAUCUCUAAGAUGCAAGUGAAGUGAGUUGCCCAGGAUGCUUGCUCUAAGGCAGAUUUUGAACCAAGGAUUUUAGCUUCAAAACUAGGCCCUUUCCCCCUGGGUCAAAUAAUAACAGCCUGGCCUGGCCUACCCCACUCAGGGUUAUGGAGAGGUCAAGAGACAAGCUGUUUAAUAAUGGAAACUACCUCGUACACAGAGGGUUCUGGAAAGGGGACUGGUGAGCGGUCCAAGCGUCAACAGGAUGUAGUUAAGUUUGCCUUCACCAAAACAUUUUUUUAAGCACUGAACAGCAGUAUUUGCAUACAAUGAGUGGGAUACUUGCCAAAAGAUUAAGGUAGUCGUUGGUUAUCAGGGUUUGCUUUGAACAACUAACUGAUAAGCAGGAAAACAGCACAGUUGUAUUUCAUUCAUUUACAACCAGGGUGGCACCUCUAGCUGGAAGCCAGCUUUGAGGAGUGAGUGGGUUCCCGCUCCUUCCAGCUAAACCUGAGGUCACCAAGCCGGAUCCUCCCAAGUGACCGACAGCUUUGAAAAUUCAGAGAAGGGGGAGAUCGCUGUAAAUUAAGGAAAUCUUAGAAGACUUCUUGAAGGAGGUGGCAACUGAAGGCUUUGCAGUAAGUCUUCAUCUUUUACUGGUUGUGGAGCCAUUUGAGGAUGUCUCAAGAAGAAUGCACAAAGAGGCAAAUUUUUAUACUUUUAAGGGGUCCUUGGACCCACCCCCCGAUGCCUAUCCCAGACGUCAGGUUAAGAAGCUUUGGACUAGAUCCAACCAAAACCCAUCCAACUCCUUUAGACUCAGAUUCAGGGCCCAGGACUGGAGCUUAUGUAAGAGGCAGGAGACUCUGGGGUCCUGCAACCCAAAGCCAGGGUCAAGCCAGAGUGAACAGUACAGAUUUGUGGCCAACGAGCGUCAGCCUGGCAAAGGCCACUGGGCCCAAGCCUUCCUGAUUCUGUUGGCCGCACCCUGCUUUGGGGAAUUCGAUCUUGAAUUCCCUUUUCAGUGGCCUUUCAGGGAAGUGGCUAGAAAAGCAUUUUGAGCAAUGAACCAUGAGAUUAUUCUGUCCACACCGAAGCAAAGUCCUAGAAAGUGUUUACAGAUAACUGUCUCCUGUCUGCCUGUCAUUCUUCUACAGACCUCUGGCCCAUCUGAGCCCCAGCAGCCCCAAGGCAGACCCCAACACCAGCUGAGGUUCUAGGGCCAAGUAUUCAAACUGGGUUCCAGAGCACCCAAGGGAUUCCAAGAAGGUGGGACCCCACAGGACGUGGAGCCGAUAGGGUUCUGAGGGGCCCUCACCUCCAUUUAACUAGAUCAGCUUCACUUAGGUCUCGUAGCUUAGAAUUCUGUGUAAGAUUUUUGUGUGCAUUUUGAAAGAAUGCCAUUACUUCAAGGAGAAGAAAAACAAUAAGGCUUGAAAGUAAAAUGUUCUAGGAAAUUACUUAGGACACACUCCUCUCCUCAGCUGCCCUUCACGGGACUCGUUGGGUCUUCAACUUUGGGCUCUUUACUCCAAGGUGAAGAAGCUCGUGGACAGAAGUGUCCUCCUCCUAGCCUGUGCCUUCACCCCUCAGGAGAGACUUCCCCACUUCUACCCCAGGCUUGUGGAAGCCCAGGCGCUGCUCAGCCCUCAGCCAGGCCCCCUCCGCCACCACUAGGCAACCCCUGAGCUAGAAGCCCUAAUUACUCAAGCAGGACUGAGACAGCCUCCCAAAGGGCACCCGGCCCCAAUUCAGCUCCCAGUCCUGGGAGAAGGUGACUUGGCCAUCCCAGCCCCAAAGCCAGGGCUGGCCCGUGGGCAGCGUCACAGCUGCUGAAGUCUUUCAAGUAGUAGAGACCAGCCCUCUGGCUAGAGCACUCUUGCAAUUCAUAAUGCCAGCCAGGGCUGCUGGGAGCCAGUUCCUAACCCCUUAAAUCCUAAGAGACCUCCCAGCAAGCUGCUGUGUGACCUUGGACAAAUAACCGUCUCUCUGGGCUUCCCCCGUCUGAAAAACGAAAGUAUGAGGAUUCAGUGAAAUAACUUCCCUAAACCUCUUAGCUCAGCACCAGAGCAUCUGCAAGAAAUGAUGACUCCUUCCUGUCGGGGUCAGGGUGGGGAGUACAGUGGACACCCUCCAGCCCUGGCUCCGCACCUUUUGCUCUUGGGCCAGGUGCUCUGCUGUGCACAGGGGCAAAAGGCAAAGAACCCGCUGGCCAGAGUCACCCUGGUUCUGGGAUUCUGCAGGAAAAGGAGGAUUCUGCCCCUGCCCCAGAAGUCCUUGGGAACUUUAGCUCUUGACCCUUUCUAGAAAUCAGUAAGAAGGAAUCACUCUCUGCACAGGGAGGGCUCAGAGCCUGGCAUCUUCCCUCCCACUGGAGGCCGAUGGCCCCUUGCCUCAUGGACAGGGGCUGGUCCAAUGCAGGCCUUUCUCCAGCCCAGGCCCGGAGGCUGGUCAAGACCAGGGCCUCUGCUGUGGUCCCGGCUGCCCACUCCCCAGACAACCACCCAGCUUCCCCAUUAGUCAUUUUCAUCUCUGUGUCCAAGUAGCUCAGCUGGUCAGGGUUGGGCUGUGGUGAGGCCAGAGUCAUGGGUUACCAUGGCAACUCCCCAUGCUUGUGGCUGCCUGUUGCCGUGUGUCCUCUCCAAAAGACUGAGAUCCUUGGGAGGAAGGGGCGUGUCCUCUCACUCACCAAGUGUCCCAGGCACCUGGCACAGUAGCUGGCACACAGUACGUGCUUAAUAAGUGUUUGUUGCCUGCGUGAAGGCAUGACUGAUCCCUCAUAGCUGGUUAGAGCCCGUACCUACACCUUUUGAUGCUAUGUGCCAGCACUUGACGUGUAAUAAAGUCAUUUAUUUCCCACAGUGAGCUCCAGUGUGAGUACUAUUAUCGUCCUCUUUUUACUGGUCAAGGUUCUGAGGGUCAGUAACAAGGUCACACAGCUUGUGAAUGACCAAGUGGGAUUUGAACCCAGGGCGACUGCUCUUGAACCAGUGAGUUUCGUUGCCUCUCAGUUAAUCAUCCUACAGGACAGAAUAGAUCGUGUUGACAGCCCCAAGCAGCGUCAGUGCAGCGCCUGCUUUUAGCUGCCGGCAGUCUAAAUGGGUCAAACAACAUUAAGCACAGCACUCACUCCCAGGGGUGAGUCCGGAGGUGUCCUUCCGCUUGGUUUAUUGACUCGGGUGACCAGAAGGUCCCUGGGUAGGUCUAACUCCAGGCCUGGCUCCCGGUGUCGUCAGGACUCAGUGUUCCCUUAGGCAGGCACUCCCUGUGGUGGGGCUGCUCGCGUCUGCCCCAUGAUGCCUUAAACCCCAAGCUCCCAGUCAAGUGGGGAGCGGGCAGACCCGUGUCCUCCCCCCAGCAUUUCCGGAGGCUCCAGGAAUUGAGUCUCCCUGGCUGUGACUGGGUUGCGCUGAAGCAGUCACUGGCAGUGGUGCAGUCACCGGCUGGCUGGCUGUGGGUCUCAGGCCUGACUCUGAGCCAGGAGUGAACCGGCUCCAGCCAAGCCACAGUGUGUGAAAAUGGCAAGGUGGGCUUCUGUGGGGGAAAUUGGGCUGCUAUUACCAAGGAGCAAGGGGGUCAGGAGCAGACGUAUAGUACUCCUUCUUGUAGAGGGACCAAUCCAGUUUGUCAUCUCAGGCACAAAUUUCCAGGAGCUCCAGGCCUCUCUUAGCUGGUCCUCCCAGGUCUAGUCCUGCAGACCUUAUCAGGUCAUUUACUGACACCAACUAAAAAGACAGAAUAGACUUUUCCGGCUUGAGCCGGAAGCUGUUUGCCCUUAGGGAGUUUGUACUUCAAAGAGGCAACUUGAGCAGCCACUUAAGGUGGUCCAGCAGGUUGUCAACAGACUUUCUUUGUAACUUUUUCCAGAAGAUUUAAGGCCACUGGAUAGGAGAGUAAAGGAAGCCCCUCUGCCAAGUCACUGCUAAUACUGAUGCUUCCCUGGGGGUGAGAAGCCAGCUCUCUGAUGCAGGGUCCUUCCAAGGUGGGAGGAAGAGUCUCUGGGUGCCUCUAGAGCUCCGAGGGCCUGGGGGACACAGUCAAGCCCAGCUGGCCAGCCCAGCAUGCUCUGACCUCUCACAGGCCCUGUAGCAGGUCAUCAUGGGGAGCUGGGACCAGCGUGACCACAAAGGGUAGUGUGACCUUCCUGCAGGCAGGCAGUCCUGCCAGACACACCCCCAUGCAGUCAGGCCACCCUUGGCUCCCACAUGCCAUGUCCUCAUGUCUCACGUGGCAAAGGGGGCAGUCUCGCCUCACCUCUCCAGGCCACUUCCCUGUGAACCCGCAGCAGAAGUGGUGGGGGCCCUCCAGGCCCACCAGGAGCAUGGGGAAGUGCGGGCUGGGAACACUGUGUGCCCUCAGGGCUCACGCCUCUUUGGCUGGCUGACCAGUUGUCCUGGUUGGGGGCCACCUCUUGAGCCUUCAUGUUGGCAGGUGUGUGUGUGUUUGUGUGUGUAUGUACGUGUGCGUGUGUGUGUGUGUGCACCCAUGUUUAGUUUUAUUUCUUUCUUAAGGAGCCAGUAUACAAUUGUGAUUCAGAUUUUGAGCUCAGGAAUCAACAAACCAAAAUUCAUAUGCUGGCUCUUCCACUCACUUGCUGUGUGGCCCUAGGCAAGUUACUAGACCUCUCUGAGCCUCAGAUUCCUCAUCUGUAAAAUGAGAUCUCAGUGAGACACUGUAUGGAAAGUCCUGGCCAUGCUGGUGAGGCUAUGGAUCGUGUUUGACGGUCCACUGCAACCCCUCUCGUGCACUCUCUGCAAAAGCCUCUGGGGCAUAUCUUUACGACAGAGAGCUUGUUUUAAGUGAUGCCGAUAGGUUAGUGUGGGGAGGGGCGCUGUGCCACUGAGAACCCAGACUUUGAAGAGACAGACUCAGGUUUGAGUCCCAGCCCUCCACCUCUCUGCCCAAGCUUUCUGUGGCUGCCUUAAUACACACCACACACUCAAUGGCUUAAAACAGCACACGUUUAUUCUCUCACAGUUCUGGAGGUCAGAUGUCCAACACGGUCUCACUAGGCUAAAAUCAAGGUGUCAGGGUUAUGUUCCCUCUGGAGGCUCUAGGGGAGAAUCCAUUUCCUUGCCCUUCCCAGCUUCUGGAGGCGCCUACAUUCCUUGGCUUGUGGCCGCUUCCUCCAUCCUCAAAGCCAGGAGCAUUGCAUCACCCUGACCUGGCUUCCACGGUCACCUCUCCCUCUCUCUUCUGUCUUCUUCUGCCACUUCUCAGGCCCCUUGUUAUUAUACUGGGCUCACCUAGAUAAUCCAGUAUAGUCCUUCUAUUUUAAAGUCAGUUGAUUAGCAAAUUUAAUUCCAUCUGCAACCUUAAAUCCUCUUUCCCAUGUAAGUUAACAUAGUCACAGGUUCUGGGGAUUAGGACAUGGGUGUCCCGGGGGAGGCCAUUAUUCUGCUAGCCACACUCUCAGCCUCAGUUUUCUCAUCUAUAAUGUGACAAUGCCAGUCCCAACCUCCCAAGGCCAUUGGGAGGAUUCCAGAAGACUGUCGAACAUGCCAGCCAGGGGCUCAGAAAAUGCUGGUUGGAUCUGCCCUGAACACCUGCUGAAUGCAAAACUGUGUUCCAGGUGCCACCCAGAGUCACCAGGCAUGGAAGAUGUCACAGUCCCUGCCACAGAGCGGCUGGCAUUGUGGCUAGGGCAGUAGAGUGUCUUCUGUAGGGUUUGUCCUUGGAGAGCAAAACAGAACAGGGGACUUGAAUUAACCCCACACUGGGUUGGCAUCUGCUCCACAGAAAAGAAAACUCUGGGUCAUCCCGGAAGGCUUCUUAUGGGGGUAGAUUUGACAGUACAGAAAGGUGUGCAGGGGGCUCUCCUAGGUCAUAGGGCCAAGGUAGGCAUUGCAGGAGAAAAACACACAGCCUUCCGGGUCCCAUCUUCGGUCUAGCUGGGAAAAAGGACCCAUGGCUCUCAGUGACACUGCAGUGUGGUGGGUACUCUAAUGGAGCGGGAUGCAGUUCUGAGCACAGGGCAGGGUUUCCAGUCAGUCUGUGCCACUGUUAAUAAAGCUCUUCCUACACACUAAGUGAUUUCCAGGGACAAUCUGAUGCGCUCCUUGGAGCAAACCAGUGAGGGAGGAACUAUAACUGUCCCCAUUUGAAAAAUGAGAAAACUAAGGCUCACAGAGGUUAAAUACUUGCCUAACAGCACACACAGUCGUGGGAUCUGAAUCCGGGCAGUCCGGCUUCUGCGGAAGGAAGGCUGGCAAUGGCUAGGACCAGGGUCUAAGGUGAGGCAUCAACAAUGAGGUGGAGGCCACAGAAGGAGAACAUUCCAGGCAGAGGGGAAGAGCACAUCUGGAAAAUGGGAGAUGAGAGAUCCUGGCCUGGCCAGAACAGAAGUGUGAGCGGAGAAUGGUGGGAGAUGGGCAGGGCAGGGCAGAGCUCAUAGAGCCUGGUGGCCGUUGGGUGGAAUUGGGACUUGAUUAGAAGAGCGCUAGGGAGAGGAUUCCCAGGUGGCGCAGUGGUUGAGAGUCCACCUGCCGAUGCAGGGGACGCGGGUUCGUGCCCCGGUCCGGGAAGAUCCCACGUGCCGCGGAGCGGCUGGGCCCGUGAGCCAUGACCGCUGAGCCUGCACGUCCGAAGCCUGUGCUCCGCAGCGGGAGAGGCCGCAGCGGGAGAGGCCCGCGUACCGCAAAAAAAAAAAAAAAAAGAGCGCUAGGGAGCCACAAAAGGGUUUCUACAGGGUGCAUGACCAGACUGGGUUAACGGCAGGUGAGGGAAGCCAGAAUUUCCAGCAGAAUUCUCUCAUGUUGGAGGGCUGAGGCACUCUCUGAGGACCGCUGAAAUCCAUUAUUCUGCAGGGCUGGUGCUAAAGGGAAACCCCGCCUCGCCUGGCUUCCUGGGCCGAGGCCCAUGUGGCUUUGCUCUCAGCAUCCUGGCCUUUGCAGGAUGUGCUGACCAGGUCAUUUCCCGUUGCAAUGUCCUGUCACUUCCCCUGAAUCCCCCAGCCCUCCGGGCCCAGAUCCCCAGCCUGAUAGUACGACGCCAGCCAGCCGGAAGGGUCAACCCCAUACCGUUUGACCUUCGUCCAGCAGAGAUUAAACUGAUUCCUAAUUAAUAGCCUGUAGGAUAAGACAGUUACCUUGGUACAGCCUGCAAGUAAUUUGAAGCUUGUCUUCAGGAGGCCGGUCCAUAAAUAAUGCUUAAUUAGCUGAAGGUUUCCCUGGGACACACCAGCUCAAGGGCCUCUGAACUUCAGGUUGGGGUGGGAAGGGGAUGCUGAAAGAGUUACCCCCAUAAAAACAGCUGUCUUUCUUUACCCAAAACAACAGCUAUAUUCUCACCUUCGCCAGCAGCUCCCAGAAAUGGUGCCAGGGUCCCAGCUCAGCCGCUUCCUGGCUGUGCCCUUGACAUUUCCAGGACCUCAGUGCCUCAUCUCUAAAGUGGGCCACAGCUCAGGUCCACAGCCCCUUGAGGACUUGCCUAAAUGUAUAUGGGUCGAAUUAAGGGGGGAAAAAGGAUUUUAGAGCUUUCUGGAUGUUGGAAGUGAGGCUAAGGGGUUGCGGGCCUCACUAUAGCACCUUUGAGAAGCCCCUGAAUAAAUGCUGACCGUGGCAAUGACCGUUACACGGCCACUGUUGCCCUUAAAUCUAAUAUGCCUCCGUAUUGCUUUUUGCAUGGGUCCCCUGGGUGCACAGACAGCCCUUAACUAGCUAGCUGUUGUCAGCUGUCUGUCUGGGAUGUGUUGUCCAUUCUACAGCAGGGAGUGGCUUGGUUGGCGUGAGUUUCCUGCAGCCCAGGGAAGGCGUGGAAGGCCCGAGAGCCCACGUGUUGUCCCCCACCCUGGGUACUGCUACUAAGCACUUUCUGUGUAUGACCGCCCUGCCCAGCUUCCUGGGUGUGCGACCCAAGCUGUCACACACGACCCCUCGCUCAGAAGCGCCCUGUACGUGUCAAUGCCCUGCUGUCACCAUUGUGAAAUUCUCAAUAAUUUUUCAACUAGCGGCCACACAUUUUCCUUUGUCACGGGCCCAGCGAGGGAUGUGGCUGGUCCUCGUGACAGCCAUACUGCCUGGGUUGUCAACUUUAUCCCUCCCAAGAUCCUCUCCAGGGAUGUUAUCAUCCAUUUCACGGGGGAGGCAAAAUGAUUUCAUUCAUUCACUCACAUAUUCCCCAGGCAGCUGAUGACCGAGCCAAGUGCUGGGAACACAUGGUGAGCCGACAUUCUAGAGUGUGUGUGCACUGGGGGAAGGGGACACACAAUAAACAAGCAAACAAAGAACAAAAUUUCAGAUGGUGACACAAUGUUGGAAAGAAAAGAAAACAGGGUGAUGUGAGGGAGAGGGACUUAAAUAUUAACUUCAGUGAAAGAGAAGCUGGCAUGGGCUCUGGUGUUAUAAGCUGGGUUCUUGGGGUGCUUUUUAAAGAUCUGGGGUCAUUCUAGGUUCCCCAACUCCUAAAAGGACUUGAGUUAGUGGGAUCCAAGUAGGGGAGCCAAUGUAGGGGCUCCUGGGGCCCCGGGGACUAAUUUACCCAUAUGUUCCCAUAGCCCCAGCUUCUCACAGUAAACACAGAAGGCUGAGUUUGGGGGGCUGGGCGGGGAAGGAGAGGGCUGGCCCCGACUUCUCUGAGUGCCUCCAAGUUCUCACAGGCCAGGCCCCUGCACCUGAGGCUUCUAACCAGCCCUGGCAGCCUGGUGAGGGUUUCUUGUACUUUUGACCUUCCCCACACCAGCAGAGGGAAGCCAGUUUCAAACCUCCCCACUUCCCCGGUGGGAGAUGGUGAAGCCCAGAGAUGCCAAGUGACUCAUGCAAAAGUCACACAGCAAAUCAACUCCAGAGCAGAGUGCUGGUCGGCCUGGCCCCGGUCAGGCGGACUUCCAUUCCCAAGGGGCGGUUCAGAGCCUGGGGCUGCCAAGGGUAGGCAGGCCAGGGCCGCUCUGGGAGCUCUCUGGAAGAAAUAGUAGCCCCCUGCCCUGUGGAGUGGGGGAGUGGGCAGCCACCGGGACACGUUGGCAUCCGCUUCCACCUGAAAAAAGGGCCUUCAGCGCCCCUGGCUUCGCUGAAGACGAAUGAGUUUCCCAGAAAGCCGAGUGCAAAGGCAAGCACUUCCCCAGUCUGUUGGGCAGAAAAGCCCAAAGCUGACCCCAGAGGCCCGACUCUCGGGUUUGGGGGCCCCCUGGGGAGGCAGGGGAUGGGGUGCCUAGUGGAGAGGCUGACCCCGGAUGAGUGGAAGCUGCCAGGCUCCAGGGAUGCUCUGGAGGAGGGAGGCCACGCUCCAGCUGGGCCGGUGCCUGCCCGGGGGGCGGCGGAGGCGGCGGCGGGAAGGUUCACGCUGCGGCCAGCAGACUGGCUGCGUGUUGCAAUGUCUGGUGGCGUUUGCAGCAUCCUGUCCGUGUGUGCAGCUGGGGUAACCUCGGGCCGGCGCGGAGGAGCGUGUGUGGCUCUCAGGCCGCGCGGCCUGGAGGCUGCUGGCACCUUGCAUCUCAUUUACAGCUCCGGGUUCAGCCGCAGGUCAGCGGCGCGGGUGACAUCACGGCGUUUGUUUACCGCUCGGCCGGAGGGAGGAAGCGCGGGCGGUCCCCGCAGAGGGAGGGGACCCUUUCCCCCCUCCGCCCCCCCCCACGCCCGACCCCAACCUGGCCCCGCCCCGCCGCCCCUGCGGCCUCCCCAUCCUCGCCCCGCCCCCAGCCCCACUCUCCUCCCCGCUGCCCCUUCCCCUUCUUCAUCCCCAGCCCCACCUCCAACACGAUGCCCCUCCUCACCCUCCAAAGACCCCACCUGUGAAGCCCCUGCUCCUCCCGGCACCUCCGGCCACAGCCCCGCCCACACCCUCCCCAUCUACAACCCACCACCCCCACCCUUCCCCUACCCCUUCCACCCCUUUCCCGUCCGCCCAAUGGGAACCCAGCCCAAUCCCCACACGGGACUCCAGCCCAGUCCCACCCCAGCCCCUCUCGGGACCACCGCAGGACCCCACCCGCCGCCCGCCCGUCCCUGGGCCCAUUUUCAGAAGGACUUCCUGGAGCCUCCUGCCAGAUCCGUUGAGGUUUCCCCCGGCGACGACUCCUGCCACCCCCUCACCCCAUCAUGUGAGCGGGGACCCGCCUCCCUGCACGGAGCGGGCCGCGAUGGCCGGCCACUUUGUUACUGGCAACUGGUGUGUUUACCCGGGCACGCUAGGUGGGUAGCUGGCCUGCUUGGCCCGCAUCCAGGCACCCUCCACCUGGAACUCCUUCCUCCCUCACCGCCCCGCCCCUCCCUCCGCUUAGGCUGAGUUUUCUGGAAGCUGAAGGGACCUAAGUCAGGAUCUUUCUCUUCGUCCAUACCUGGAACUUGCCAAAGCCCGCCUUUCCAAGAGAGGAGGCUCAGGGCCUCAGUUAUGUAGACACUGUUCUUCCAUUUUCUCAGGCCAAACCCUUUAGGGCCCUCUUGGCACCCCUCUUCCUCUGAAUCCAUCCUCCUCCAUCACCUCCCCCCAAGUGCCCCAGCCCCAUUCACCUCCACCUAUCACAUCGGUCACCUGUGGGUGCAGCAGCAGUUCCUCAAGGGCCCUCGUCCACCUCCCUGGUUCCCGCCCCCAUUCCAAACCCCCAGUGCUGCGAUCAGAACUCGUUCCAGAAUCCAAGUAGAGCUGUCCUUCGUCUAUUCACAACCCUCCGAAGGACUUCCACCUCACUGGGAAGAGAAUUCAAAGCGUACCACCACCACCACCACCCCCAUGGCUACAGCCCCUAACCUCACGUCUCCUACUCAGCUCUUCCACUUGGCCUCCUUGCUGUCCCCUGAACACACCAAACUCAUUCCUACCCCCGGGCCUUUGCACUGGCUGUUCCCUCUGCCUGGAAUGCUCCUUCCCCAGAUGUCUGCAUGGCUUCCUCCUUCACUUCCCUUAAGUCUCUACCCAAAUCAGAGAGGUUUUCCCUGUCCCCCAUCCCCAUCUAAAUAUCACUCCCACCACACAAUCACUCUAUCCAGACUCCCUACAAAGCUUCGUGUUCCUUCCGUGCACUUUUGGCCACCUUUAUAUAUUAUAUGGUCAAUCGUCUAUUGUCCGUUGGCCCCCAUCUUCCCCAUACACACAUGAAAGCAAACUCCAGGAGAGUGGGAUGAAUUUAUUUCCUGUUGUAUCCCGGGGCCUCCAACAGUGUCUGGCAAUCCAGUCACCACCCAAUAAAUUACUCCUUGAAUGAGUGAGUGAAUGAACAAAUGAGUGAAUGAGGCAGGACAGGGAGUAGUGAGAGAGCUUGGCUUUGGAGUCCAGGUUCAAGUGUUGCUUUGGAGUCUGGGUUCAAGACCACUUUGGGCCAUGGCUGUGGUCCAGGUGAGGGAUGAUGGGGGCUGGGCCCAGAGUGGUAGCAGUGGAGGAGGUGACGGAACCAAGGAUGCUCCUGGCAUACGCCCAGCUACUCAGCCCGUCUGAGCACGGGACUUACGGUCCCAUUUCUCAGGAUGGUAAUACUGAAGGCCUGCACCAGGCUGGAGAGUGGUCUGCAAAUGCUGCUUGUCCUCUCCCCUCCUCGGUAGCCCCACCUCAAGGUCACCUGGAGUUCUCCAUCAGAGGUCAGGAGGGAGGAACUGGGGCAAUGGUCAGGGGGCUUCAGCUGGCGACUCUGGCCCGAAUUUCCCCACCCCUGUGUUUUGCCAAGGGCCGUCUGAGGACAGACAGGGAGAGGCACAGCCCUUGAGUUUCUGGCUGGAAGUGAGAUGUUGUUCUGCCUUCCCAUAGAGUCAGGCUUCGAGACGGUUUCCUUGGAGGGUUUUUCCAGCGGUCUUAGAACCAGAAAUGUUCCCAAGAAUCACACUCAAAGAUGAGAUGGGACUUAGAUGAGUUGCCACACUUGGUUCUGUGAGCUGUAGCUCUUGGCAGGCAGUGGUAUUAGGUUUUGAGGGGGUGCCCUCUGUCCUCGGGGACAUGAGGCGUUCAUCACGGAGGGAGACAUGUCUCAGCGGCUGAAAAAGAAGAGAUCUGGGAAGUUCAAAAAGCAGGGACACGCACACGGAUGUUUAUAGCAGCUUUAUUCCUAAUCGCCAAAACUUGCAACCAAAAAGUCCUUCAGAGGCUUCCCUGGUGGCGCAGUGGUUGAGAGUCCGCCUGCCGAUUCAGGGGACACGGGUUCGUGCCCCGGUCCGGGAAGAUCCCACAUGCCGCGGAGCGGCUGGGCCCGUGAGCCGUGGCCGCUGAGCCUGCGCGUCCGGAGCCUGUGCUCCGCAACGGGAGAGGCCACAACAGUGAGAGGCCCGCGUACCGCAAAAAAAAAAAAAAAAGUCCUUCAGUAGGGGAAUGGACAAAUAAACUGUGGAACAUUCAGACAAUGGGAUAUUAUUCAGCACUGAGAAGAAAUGAACCAUCAAGCCGUGAAAAGACACAGAAGAACCUCAAAUGCAUAUUACUAAGUGAAAGAAACCAGUCUGAAAAGGCGACAUCGUGGAUGAUUCCAACUAUAUGCCGUUCUGGAAAAGGCCAAACUAUGGAAACAGUAAAAAGAUCAGUGGUUGCCAGGGGUCGGAGGAAAGGAGGGAGACCCUAGAGGAUCUGUAGGGCAGUGGGACUACUCUCCCCGAUACUACAGUGGUGGAUACAUGUCAUUAUACAUUUGCCAAAACCCAUAGAAGGUACAACAGCAAAAGUGAACCCUAAUGUAAACCAUGGACUUUGGGUGAUAAUGAUGUGUCAGCAUAGGUUCAUCAGCUGUAACCCAUGUACCAUGCUGGAGAGGGCUGUCGAUAGUGGGGAGGCUGUGCAUGUGGCAGUGAUAGGAGUUCAGUGGAAACUCUCUGUACCUUCUGCUCACAAUUGCUAUAAUUUAAAACUGCUCUAAAAAACAAAGACUAUUAAUAAAAAAUUAUUUUUAAAAAGCAGGGGUAGUGUUGGGGAGAGAAUAUCUGUGGGGGUCGGGAGGACUUUACAUGAAGGCCUCUCAGGUAAAGAGACAUUUGAGCAGAACCUGUAAGAAGAGAGGGUGUGGGGAGGGGGCCACUUGGGCAAAGAGGACAGAGAACAGCUGGUGUGAAGGCCCUGAGGUAGAAGUCGGCUGGGUGGUUAUGCAGGCAAGGAGACCAAUGUGGUGGAGACCAGUCAGCCCUGGGAGGGGAAGAGCUGAGGGGGCAGAGAGACAGGAGCAUGUUGGAGCAGGACAGGCUUGUGGUCAUAGUAAACACUGUCAAUUUCGCUCUGGGUGAGAUGGGAGCCACUGGGAGUUGUAAGCAGAGUGACAAGGUCUGACUUACGUUCUAGAAGGAUCUCUCUGGCUACUUUGUUGAGAAUAGACCGAGGCAGGGGCACUGGGGCAAAGGUCAAAGCUGGGAGACCAUUUGGGCCAUGGCUGUGGUCCAGGUGAGGGAUGAUGGGGGCUGGGCCCAGAGUGCUAGCAGUGAAGGAGGUGACGGAACCAAGGAUGCUCCUGGCAUACGCCCAGCCACCAGCCCUGGGCGCCAUGCCAACCUGCGCUCCAAAGGCCACUGGUAUCCUGGCAGUGGGGCGAGGGUCAUCACUGUCACCCAUUCAGCAAAUACUCAGUCAGCAAGACCAGGCACUGUACCAGGACAGGGUGGCGUCUUUCCUUCUUUCCGCAGGAUGUGGACGCCUCGCUGUGCAGUCCUCGUCCCAUGGCAUGUGGGACACCCGUGCAAUGAAUGGAUCCAUCCUUUUACAGGGUCCCUUUGAUCCUGCAGGUGAAGGACAGAGGCGGAGGGCACAGGAUGGGGCAACAGACCACGCAGGUUGGAGUUCCAGCUCUGCCACCUACCAGCUGAGUAACUUUGGGUAUAUCGGAUAGCCCCCUGUGCCUCGGUUUUCUCGAGUAUGAAAAGGGUACAGUAUCCCCCCUCCUAGAGCUGCCAGAGGACGAGGUGAGAGACUGCAGCAGGUGCUGAGCUCAGUGCAGGCAGGUAGCGAGCCCUCAUGCUCAUCCCCGUGCCUCCUAAGGGACCAGCUGGACAGUGGCCGGAAGUCUCUGCCGGCCCCAGGCUGUGGUCAGCGACUUGUGGGAAGAGGACACCGCUGGGCAAUCUAAUUUGAGGAGCUUCAAAACAAUCCUCUCCAACAGCUGAGCCAGCAGUAGCCAGAACAUUCUCUGCAGGCCCGGGCAGGGGACGAGCCUGUGCAAUCCGACCACGCGGCUCCAUGGGAGGCCCUGCCUGCCGCUCAGCGGUGCAGGAGCCGGAGAGGAAGGCUGGCUCUGGCCUACGUCCCUAAGAGAGGGGCCCUGUGGUGACCCGCUGAGGUCACGGCUCAACAGCGGGACACAGCAGCAGAAUCUUUGUAGAAAUGACUACUAUAGAAGCCCAAUGAGAGUGCCACUGCCUGGAUGAUGGAGGAUGGAGAGCCGGCUUGGGACCCUGUCUACCAAGCCCCCCACCCCUCGGCAGCCCCUGAAGCUCCUCGCUAGAGCCCCCAGGGUCCCCAGAGCUCAGUGUGAAAACCUCUCCUAAGAAAUCCUCCUAAUGGGUGACCCGCAGCCUGCUUUGCAGCUGGACGCUUUUGACGCUGGUCUCCUCCUUCCUGGGUUGGGGGUGUGAACAAAGGAGGGUCCUCUAAAUCUGGUGGAAGGAUGGGAAUGGGGAGCUCUCUAAGAUUCUGGGGUUCAACCCCGGUCAAGGCUGUGUCCACAGGUGAGGCAAAGAAGCCCCAGCUGGGGUCUUCCAGGCAUCCACCACCCCCGUGACUCCAGUUUUGUGGAGGAUGGCGGGAUCUUCUGUGAGCAAGGGGUGAUCUAUUUCUGUUCCUGGGUUAAUAAUAAUAGUAGAAGUAGUAGUAAUAAUAAAAAUAAUAGCUAGCAUUUGUCAUGUCCUUUCCUCAUCCUCCCAACCACCCUUCCAAGUGGAUGCUUCAUAACCUUAAUUUAUAGAGAGGUUAUGUGAGUUUUCCAAGUUUGUGUAAGUGGUAGAUCAGAGAACUGAACCAAGGCUAUCUGGCUCCGGAGCCCAUGUUCUAGGCUACUCUACUCAAGAGAGAGAGAGGUCUCUUUUUGGAAAUGGACAGGGAUGUGAAGGAGGAGGAAGCUCAAAAUGUAACUUAUCCUACAGGCAUACCUACUGAGAGUGUGUAUAUCAGUGUUUCAAAUAGGACCUGCCCGCCCACAGGCGUGUCCACUCAGCCUCUCCUUGCUGGCGACCUGCUGUGUAUCACACGCGCGGUUUUGCUGUUUGCUUGUUCUCAUCUGGCCACAGGAUAGAUUUUUAUUCACACCCUCCUGCUGGAGGUGCUGGGCGUGGAGAGCUAUGUGCCCUCCACAUUGUGACUUUCCCGCCCCUCCCCACCCUGCCGUGCUUUGGGGUCUGGUGGGUAUUUUCCUUCCAUCUGAGAAGCCAGCUGAACACCACUCUGCUCCAAAACAUGGGGCCCAUGGGACAUGCCUGCCAAAGACCUGCCCAGGGACUUAGAUCUUUCCGGGGCUGCCAAUUAUAAACAGAUGCUCCUCCUGGGACCCACCCGGAGGCCACCCAGCUCAUGUCCCUGGUGGGACCAUGCGCCACAGCUGAACUCCAGCAAUGAAGGCCAAGGCCAAGCAUUUGUGUGAGCCCCUCUGGGUGAGGGAGGCAAGGCCGGGUGGAGGAGAGGCGCUCGCUGUUCUUCGAUCAGCAGAUUUUUCUCGAGGUCUCCUGGGACCAGUGCCAUGAGACAAUGCUUGUUGGCUCUUACUCUGUACCCGGCCCAUGCUGGAUGCUGAGGUCAGGAGAUGACUGACUCGCUGGAGGACCUCCCGAGCCUGUGGAGGAGCUUGUUCACAAAUAGGUCCGGCACACUCACAUCUGUGCACUAGUGGCGGGACAAACAAGGGUUAGUGUUGGCACUCAGGAACAUGGGUUCUGAGUCACACUAUGCCGCUGCUUAUAAGUGGUGUAACCUUGGAUAAGUCAUUUCAUCUGUCUGCACCUCACCUGUGGAAUGGAGAGAGAAGUCAUACCUACUGGUGGGAUUGUGAGUAUGAAAGGAGAAAACACUUGGAUGUAAAGUGUUCAAUAAAUGUUAGCCAGUAUAUAGUGGUGUUGUUAUUGUUGUAGGGAUGAUGGAAGGAGGAGCCAGGGAAGCUUCAGAAUUGCGGGGCCAUUCAAGCAGGGUUCUGCAGGAUGAAUAAGAGUCCACAAGUAGCCUUGGCAUUUAAAACAGAGAAAAACAGUCUGUGCUGGGCACUAGGUAGGGUCACAGUGAACCCAGGAUGGGUGAGAUUUAGUUCCUGCCCUCCAGGAGACAGUAUGUAGAUGUGAAAUGGUGAGAUAUCACACACAGGGCCAAGUACAGUGCGUAAUGAGUGAGUGUAAGCUGGGAACUCUGGAGCCCCAGUGAGCUCCCUCAUGCAUUCACUCAGCAGUGGGGAGAGACAUGCAGAUAGUCACCUCACAGUGGAUGAGAGCCCUGAAGAGGCAAUGCCAGGGACCUGGGGAGCAAGUCAGGGUUGGACCGGCUGUGCUGAGUUACUUGUGUGAAAAAUGGCCUGUUUUGGAAAUGAUCUGUGGGAAAGCUUUUAUUCUGACCUCCUUUUUUAAGAUCAUAAAUGAUGGAACUUUUCUUUCAGAAGCAUUUUUCCUAUAUAGACAAGCACAAAGAAGCAAACCUAUGAUCCCACCCAAGACAAGCCCUGUUCUUGUGUAGCCUGGUGACGUCCACCAACUUACUACGUUUUUAGAGCUGAGAUUAUCCUAUAUGGGUAAUGCUGCACCCUUUUCUCCUGACCAUUUUUCCAUGGUGUGAACUCUCAUCAUUCUAAUGGCUGCAGAAGAGGGUAUAUCAAGGGGCUGUGCUGUGAUUUUCUCAGCUCUUCCUCUCCACAGGAAAUAAUAACAGAGAGCAGAUGCUGAACACUAGGCGGGUGCCAGCUUUUGCAUGUUUCAUCCUCACAAGACUCCAUGAAGAGAGGAGAUGGCUUUUCUCCUCCUGGGAGAGGGAAUCAUGGUGAAAAACCUCAGUUCAAAUCCCACCUCUGCCCCUUGGUUGCUGUGUGACCUCAGACAAGUUGCUUAGCCUCUCUGAGUUGCAGUUUCCUUAGAUAUACAAUGGGCAUAAUACAGCGACCACAGAAAUGUCCCAGUUUCAACAACGUUCCCCUUUUUAUUCUUUACCCCACUCACAGCGGUUUGUGUCCGGCUGUUUUCUCAUUCCUUCGCUGUCUCCCUGAGGCAGAGACCAUGUCUGUUUUGCUCUCCGUUAAAUCUCGCAAAGGCACAGCACCCAGCCCGCUGCAGGCCCUCUGCGCGGUCCUGUCGAGGGGUUGUGGAUGUUGAGGGACAUGAAGCUGAGGUCUGGGUGGGAAUAAACACUGGUGUGAGGACUCAGGGGAUUUGGGAGCAGAAUUCUCAAUGCUCAGAAAAAUCCCACCGUCCCUUGGGUUUCAGGGGUGCAUCUGCGGAGGACAAAGGCUCCGGGUUCAAAUCCUGCCCCCGCCACCCACUGAGUGCGACUUUGGAUGAGUUAACUCAGCGCCUUUGAGCCAGUGUCCUCAGUCAUAAAACGUGGAUCGUGGGCUUCCCUGGUGGCGCAGUGGUUGAGAGUCCGCCUGCCGAUGCAGGGGACGCGGGUUCGUGCCCCGGUCCGGGAGGAUCCCACAUGCCGCGGAGCGGCUAGGCCCGUGAGCCAUGGCCGCUGGGCCUGCGCGUCCGGAGCCUGUGCUCCGCAAUGGGGGAGGCCACAGCAGUGAGAGGCCCGCGUACCGCAAAAAAAAAAAAAGUGGCUCGUGAUAGCCUUCAGCUUUGGGGGCGGCUCGGGGGUUCAGGCUCGCUGCGAGGUCAGCUCCGAGGGAGAGGAGGGCGGGACCCCGUGCCUCUGCUGGGAGGCCUGGGACGCCAGAGGUCUUCACCCCCGCCUUCCCUCCUCCUCCCCGGGACGGAAGCUCGCCAUUUGCCCCCCGAGGGGAGGGGAGGCCAGGGGGUGUCGAGUGCCCCUGAGCUCUUAUUUUCUAAACUCGGCUUAAGCGUAAAUCCCGGGGCCGCUGACCCUCCCCAGCUGCGCCCUGUCCUGGGAGUUGAUUAAGAGGAGGCCAUGUUGGGUUCCAAGGGCUCAUAAAUCUGCCCCCUCCCCAGGCUGCUUACCCCACGCUCCUCUCAGCCCCUUGCCUCCCGCCCACCCCAUCCUUACCCUCAUUUGGGCACUGGGUUGGACUCCUGUCCUGUCAGCUGUCCGGGGUCACCCCAGGUGACUCUGGUGAGAAGCCACCCGGACCAGCCUCCGAGCUGUACCUGCCAGGUUCCUGGUCGGUGACUCUGGGUUCCCAGAGGGGUCCGGGCAGGGCACUGGAAGAGGAGGGACAGUGGCUGUAGCAGCUCCAACUGGGCGGCUCCUAGCCAGGAAGGGCCCCAUCCCCCCACGCAGCGCUCUCCCUCACCUCCCACCCCCAGUGGCUCAGUUCCUGGAAGGCUCCAUCAAGGUGACCAGCCCUGGCCUCCCUGUCACCAUGGAGACGCACCUGGGUCCUAAGACGGGAAGAUGCCCAGCCUGGCUCCCCAGGGACUCGCCUGAGGAAAUGCACAGCAGUGCAGAGGCUGCACACACACACACACACACACACAUGCACGCGUGCAGAGAGAGGCGCAUUCAUUCAGACACGCACAGAGAGAGACACACAGUGAGGCACACACACACCGGCCUGGGCCUCACCUCACAGCUCAGUCCUGGGUGGUUCUGAGGCUCUGGGUGAAAGUCCGGGUCUCGCUGACUCUUGGGCUAAGCAGCCUCUAUGUUGAGGGUUCUGGGACCCUAAAUGGCUCAGUCGAGGAAACUGGGCUCGUCUCAGCCUCAGAGAGGCUAUUUAACCACCUCCCAUCCUGUCCCACCUACGGCCAUGAACUUUCAUUCAUUCGCUCAACAAAUAGCACUUGCAUUGCUGGGCCCUGAGAUAUGAAAUGAGCAAGGCAGGAUCAAGGCCCCCGGGAGCUCCCUGCUCAGAGGGGUGGGUGGGGUGAGGAGGACAGAAAGCAAACCCGUCACAGUGUCUGGGGAGAGGUGGGGCCUCUGAGCACAGAGCAUGAGGCCAGCCCCCCAGCCCACCAGAGUCAUCCUCAACAGACCCCCAAAAGGACAUGGCCAGACCUCAGCGUCCCACCUGGGUGUAUAUACAUGGAAGACAGUGGGGCACAGCCUUCGUUUCGCCUCCCUCACCCUACCCCUGUUUCCCUCUCCAGGGUGUCCUUCCAGCCAUGCAGACCGAGCUGGCCUUCCCUGUUCCCUGUCUGCUGGUUUUCUUGUGCUCCCGGGCACCUGGACCGCUGCGCCUUCCAACAAGCCCCUACCCCCACUUUAAGCUUGCCUUCUCUUGUCCAGAAGUUCUCAGAGUCCCGGAGGCUCCUCUCUCAUCCUCAGCCAGGCCCUAGGAAACUCUGCAAGCCCCAGGGUCCUGUUCCCCAUAUGAGAUGGAGGUGGGAUGGGGUUAGGCAGGGACCAGGCUAUGAGAAAUGAGGCCAAGGAUUUCCUUCACCUCAGACUGACAUACUCAGAAAUUAGAUGGAUGGAUGAUGGAGUGGGGUGGAUGGAUGGAUGGAUGAGUGGAUGGAUGGAUGUGAGGAAGGAUGGGUGGACAGACAGAUGGGGUGACAAGGGAGGAUGGAAGGAAACUAGGAUGACAGUGACUACCAGGCAAGAGUGAGGUCUGAUAUGGUGGAAGAUGCCUGAACAGAUGUUUAUCUCUUCUCCGUGAAGGGAAUCUCUCCAGCCUGUCCUGGAGGAACACAUUCUAAGUCUGUUUUUAGUUCAACAGACAAGAAAGUGUCCCUUGGAGCCUGUCUAAUUGCAGACCUUUUGCUCUUGAAGGACUUUUGUGGUCGUGGAGGGUGGCUGAUGGAAUUCUCCCUCGUAAAGCCUUUCCUGUAUUUCAAGACUUCAAUUAAAAUAAAUAAACUGGUUGGACAAGGUGGGGUUUUCAAACUGGGCUUUCCCAGAGAUGUUUCAAGAGUUGAAAGAACACUUUUAUUUUCCUUUAAGAAAUAUUUUGAAAGUUUUAAAAACUCUAAUAAAAAAGUCAAAUCCAUGGGAGCCAGCAACACAUUUGUGUGUCCCGCCAGCUAACGCAUUUUGUGCCUUUUGUGGUUAUGUGAAAGUUCUGAGAUUUCAAGGUAAACAAUUGAUAAACGGUUAUCACCAACAACUACUUAUCUGCGUGACUUUUCUCCUUACCGAGUCCAGAGCAAAGUACAGAAAUCAGUUAGAUGCUGGUCUGGCGUGACUGGAGUUAGUCCAUCACUCCCACUUGAAAAUGUUUGUCUUCUCAGCUCAGCCCUUCUACUCUCAUUCGUUGCUUUUAGUGUAAGAAAAUAUGGAGUUGGACGUGUAAUUUAUUCCUUUUACUGGUUUCACAUAUGGGGUUCCGUGUUAGGUUUUAUUUUUUAAGGAGAAAUUUCAUUAAUAAUUUUUAAAAGAAAGAGAAGAAACAAAAAUAGAAACCCAUUAGAUUAAUCCCCCAGGAGACUUUUAUCUCUUCCUUUCUCUGAUUCUCUCCAGCCCCCAGCCUUUCUCCCUCUGUGCUGAUUAAGCUGGGUCUCAGGAUUCUUCGUUCCCCGUCGCCCGACCCUGGUUCUUUUACCAACAGGGGCCUCUCUGGACCCAACGACGUACCAUGGGAAGGAGUGUCAUUCUCCUGUGGGUCAAGGUUGAGAAUUAGCCCGGCCUUUUAUGGCCAGCCAUUCAUAAAUUUGCCCAAUCCCCUUUAAGGAUUCAUGUCUUGGUCCUGCCAGGGUCACUUCCUGGUCUAAUGAGUCCCGCGUUUAUUACCUGCGGGGUGAGGUCGUGUUUCCUUCCCCAGAGGAGCCCAGCUGCCUGUCUUCCCGGCCCUCCUCCUGCCGGACCACAGCUGGGUGGAAGGGAAGGCUUUGCUCAGCCUCCAGGCACCUCACGGUCAGAACCUCGCAGUCCGUUCAUCGGCGGGGCUCUAGACCUCAGUGGUGAGAAGGCCAGCUUGUUUCUAGCUCAGAGCAUUCUGGAACAUUGUACAGAAAGAGCUCUGCUUCUACUUUUAACUAGGUAGGAUCAUUGGAAUUGGGCCGACAGGAGGCAUCCUCCUGGAAGCAAUACGUGAGAAAGACUUGUGCAUCACGCGUCCACCAAAGGGUCAUGAACAGGCUCAGAAACUCUUGGUUGCCUUCAGAGUAGGCUAUAUAUAUCCCUUUAGCAAAUCAUACUGUGACUUUGCAUACUCUCUUUGAACGGAAUCAGGGAGCCCAGUCCUGGGGCAAAUUACAUACGGAAUUUCUGGUGGCAAUCAUCGAAUCACGAUGGCUUCCUUAAUGACCCCAUGUUCAGUACUGCUAUCCUCUC